AUGGCACCACGCUUCAGUCAACCUUUCGCUCUUUAUCUGCGAGGUACAGAUGCUUUGCCGGCAAAGCUUCUACCCUCUAUUCCUACCUGCGCUCAGUCCUGUGUUUCCUCGGCGGUUACGGGGGGCUUGGUGCCAUCAGAAUGCAGCGAUUCGAAUGAUGCUGCGUGCCUCUGCUCGCACUACAGCACAUCUGGAUUCACCUUCGGAGAGUUUGUGCUCGGCUGCAUGAUCGAACACUGCCCUGAAGACAUUGUGAACGCAUCUGGACGCCAAGCUUAUAGCUUGUGCUCUACAUACAGCAAUGCGGUGACACCCACACAUUCUGUGCUGACUAUGACAACGUCAUAUCAACCGACAACAUCGAUACUGUCAUCUCAGACUACUCGGCCUAGCGCAGUACCUACCGACGCCACAGCACUUACGACAUCGACUUCGAACAGUGUUAUCAGCGUGACUACCUCGAACUUCUCUCAUUCAUUCUCAGCUUCAACCACUGGUCUCUCAGCAACAUCGACUCAACCAGCUAAACCUUUGACAACUGGUCAAACCGUCGGUAUCUCUGUCGCCUCUAUCGCGAUUGCUGCCCUUAUCUUCGGUCUGUGUUUCUUCUGCUGUUGUUGUGUGAGACGUCGUAAGAAGGAAGAGAAGCAAAAGAAGUCUGGAGUUCCAUCAAGAAAGUGGUUCAGAUCCAGCCACCGUCUAGACUUCCAGGAUCAAUCUUCUCCCACUGGGUCCAAGUUCCCUUCCAAGAACAUCACCAGAUCUGGCCCUGUCAGACCGCCAAGGUCUUUUCCAGCGAGUCCCAACAGAUCGCCUCGCUCCUCAAUGAGCAGCUUCACUAAAUCACCUGAGGUGAUCAAUCAGCGUCGCUUCAGGCCCUCGCUACGACCUCAACUAGAAUGGUGGAAGCAAACCUCUCAACCUGAUAUCCGCCAGGUCCCUAACGGCUUGAAGUCACACAGAGCCAGUAUUUCUUCACCUUCACGCAGCGAGACGAGAUCUCUCAGACUUUCCACUCCCAUCACCAACAUCACGGUCAACGUGAAAAAGGCAAGCAAGCAACUCAGACCCGACAGCGCUGCUACUCGAUGGACAGUGUUCGAGGAGGACAGCAAGGUACUCACACAUGAACCGGUACUACCGCGUCCACCCGCACUUCCCAAGGCAAUCUUUCUGUCGCCGAUUCAUCCUCCAUCAGGACCAAGCUUCGCAGAUCAAUACACCGCUUCUCCAGAAGAGAUAGCCAAGUCAGGCUUGAUGCUCCAGAUCCCUCGCAAGUCUGUGAGAAGCGAUGAUAGUUCCCUGCCCAACGGCAUCUCUUUGAACACAGGCGCUUCAAGAAACGAUCAUCUGUCCAUGCCACCCAGUAGCGCAGCAAGCUAUCUCCCAGCCUACUAUACCAGCUCCGACAGCCGCACACCCGUUGCACCAAAGUGGAGUCCCAGCGACCACGAACGCUUCAGUCAACCCGGCUUUGCACCAUUGCCAUUGAUGCCGCGCGGUGUACGCAGCUCCUGGGCUUCAGCAACGACAUUCGAAUCCGUCGAUCCCGAUGAAACAACACCAGAGAACGAAGUCGACAAACAGCUGUCUCCAGUUUCGUAUCCCAAGGUACCUCGUCCUUCUAAUCAAGCUAUACCUCGUUCUCCUCCUUCGACUACAUCGAGUCGCAAGGUAACUCUAGCAGCAAAGAGACGUGGUGAAGACCUAUCACUGGAUCUGGUUCGCGAUAUGCCAAUCACGAAGAUCAGGGAAGCGCCUGAAUCGCCUUUGAGAAACUACAGUCGCAGAAACCAGAAGAAGAAUCACCAGACACCUCAGAUGGCGUUGAAGAGUCCCCUUUGGGAGCCCAAACUUACGCCCAGCAGAAGAGGCGACGAUUUGUAUCUUUCGGUAGAAUUGAAGUGA